AUGGAUAUACCUGAAUUUGAAGACAUUUUCAAACAAAUCAAAAUCAAUUUCCAUAUCAUAGGUUUUAUAUGCGUUCUGUACUUCACGACUGUGGAUGCUCUAUACUACACUCUCACAUCUCAUAUGUGUGCUCAGUUUUCCGUACUCAGUGAUGAAAUCAAAGAUCUGGAUCACAGUAGCUCUCACUGCUUGAGCGAGAUCGUUAAAAAGCAUCAAUAUCUUUUGAAACUCUCGGAAGACUUAGAAAAAAUUUUUCGCGCACCAAACUUGUUCAAUGUCCUUGUUGGAUCUAUCGAAAUAUGUGCUCUUGGAUUUAAUUUGACGAUGGGGCAAUGGGCUCAAAUACCAGGAGUAAUUUUAUUUUUGUUGUCCAUAUUAGUACAAAUAUUGAUGAUUAGUGUUUUUGGCGAAAAUCUUAUAAAAGAGAGCAGCAAAAUUGGAGACGCAGCAUUUAUAUGCAAGUGGUAUGAUAUGGACAACAAGGCAAAGAAAACUAUUCUACUAAUAAUGUUAAGAUCCAACAAACCGCAAAAGUUGACGGCUUACAAAUUUUCCGUCAUUUCUUACAAAAGUUUUACAAAGAUUAUCAGCACAUCGUGGUCUUAUUUUACGAUCUUGAGAACUGUUUAUACACCACCGGAACUGAAUAAUGAAUAA